AAAAUUUUAGACGUAUAAAAGUUUUUGUUAUAAAUAUAGACCUUAAAAUAAAAAUAACCAAAAUAGACUUAAAUAUUUUAUCAAAAGAUAUAAAUAUACACUUAUGCGCUCUAGGGUUGAUUAAUCUAGAUAUUAUGGUUAGAGUUAAGGGGCGAGUUUAGGGUUUAGAGUUGAUGGUUGAGAGUCUGAGUCGAGGUGUCCGAGUUUGGGGAGAUAGGAUUUCAAAAUUAAAAAAAUUUAAAAUUUUCAAUCCUCCUGGAACACCUAGGUAUCAGGGUUUGGCCCCCAAUCGUAGCCGUUUCACAACCACGCUAAAACCUAAUGUUGGCUGCUCUCCGAUCUCGCUGCUCUUCUCUCCCCUCUCUUCUUCUCAAAUCGCCACCGUCGCCGUCGCUUCUAGACCAGUCAUGGAAGCUACUAGGUCUCUCCGCUCCCUCCUUCUCUUCUUCCGCCGGCGGCGCCCGUGAUAUCUCAGAGGUCCUAACCGUCGCCGAAGUGGAGAAGAUUCUCUCCGACGUGAAAGCAGACAACGUGAUUGUGAUCCCGACGGAGAACCAGUCCUGCUGGGCCGAUGUCACGAUCAUCGCCACCGGAAGAUCAGAUUGGCACUUGAAGAACAUCGCUCAGGCUCUCGUCUACAGGGCAAAGCAGAAGCAGAGAGGAGAGAAACAUGUAAUGCUUCCUUGUGUGCAAGGGUACGAUACCAAGUGGAUUGUCAUUGACUACGGGAAGUUUGUAGUACAUGCGCUUGAUGACAAGGCCAGGGUUUACUUCAAUUUGGAGAGUCUUUGGACUGGUGAACCAUCAUCAGCUAAUGAUAACUCAGACAAGGAUUUGCAAAACGCUUUUGUAAAGGUCCGACUAAUUAACAACUCCAAAAAGAAGAAACCGGUUCAAGUGAGUUCUUGAUCCAGAAAAAAUGCCAACUGUUCGCUUGACAAACAGUUUGUAAUAAACAUAUUCCCUAGUAAGGAUAUUAUCCUCGAUGGGUUUUUUUUUUUCUUCUCAAUUUUAUAAAAUAUUUGAUGGAGAAUACAUGGUGUGUAAUUCAAAAACCGGUGGAGAGUGUUCUACAAACAAAUUCUAAACGAGGCAGUCAAGAGUCCCAACA